AUGCCGUGGAAAGCGACGGCGGUAUGGGCCUACCAGGCCAAGGAGGAGGGCGAGCUCAGCUUCGACGUGGGCGACGAGAUCAUCAUCCUCGAGGAACGACGAAAUGGAUGGUGGAAGGGAAAGCGAGGAGGCGAGAUCGGCGAGUUCCCAGUCAACUACUGCGACGUAGAAGGAGGCGCCGGUGGCGUGAGCUCGACCACAUCGCAAUCAGCCGAGCCGGUGGUCAAGAUUGACCAGGAGAAGAUCUCGGGCGGUAUCCUGGCCCUACAACGCAAGUGCGGCUUCCGCUACGGUAGCGGCGACGACGACGAGGAGGGCGGCAGCUCGUCGCCGCGAGGUCUCACCAGCUUCGAAGAGCUACAACAAAAACUGGGCAUCCAAGCAUUCAACCCGCUGGAGGGUUUGCUGAAGGACGUGGCCCCAGCAGCCACCAGCUCUUCCUCCUCGAAGUUGAUGAAGGCCUCCUCGACCGACCUGGACCUCUCGUUGACCGACGAUGACGACGAGGUGCAGCAGGACGACGACGAGCCGGACACCUCGCUGGAGAUGUCGCGGGACUACCUCCUGAGCUCCCAGGAGGUGUGGCUCUCCCCGCGCUCCCCCACGGCGGUCUCCCCGCGAUCCCCUGCAGUCUCCCCGCGAGACGUUUCCGAGACGCAGCCAAGCGCGGGCGACGAUGAGGGCAGGCGGGCGAAGAGGGACACGGCGACCGCCACGCCGAGCAGCGACCGACAGCACAGCAGCAGCAGCAGCGGCAAGAGGGGGUCGAUCAUCCGAGGCAGGAAGGGCUCCUCGUCGGAGCUGUCGCGCGCACAAAAGGCCGGCAAGUCGAGGCGCGACACGGUUGCCGCCCCCGCGAGCAGCACAGCCGCAGCCGCAGCCGCAGCCGCAGCCGCGGGGAGUGAUGGGAAGGCGCGCAAGUCGGACAAGGACAAGGCUUUUGGCUCGGCGAGUGGCAUGGGACGCCGCUCCAUGUCCGAUUUCCGGCUCAGCCGUGCCGACAGCAAGUUGGACAAGUCGAAGCGCAAGAAGAAGGAAGAAGCCAGCGCACCGCCAGCCGCAGCACCCGACUCGGGGGAGGUCACUUCGCUUUCGCGCUCCCUUCGCUUCGCCCUCCCCGACAUCGCCAUUGACAACUCGGAAGAGGAGGCGGGGCCGGUCGAGGCCAGCAAGCCCGGGACGCCCAAGGGCGGGCAGCACGGGCAGAGCGGUCGUGUGCGACACCGGAAAUCCAAAUCGCAAGCCACGGCCUCCUGGUUCAUCGAAGCGACGUUGGGAAAGGCUGCGGAGAGCAAGACGGAGGAAGAGGGCGCAGGGAUCAGCCUGCGCGAACUGAUGAGCGGCCGGCGCAACAGCGAAACCGCCGCUAGCACGGUGAUGGCCGUGACCUCUGCGCCAGACCGCAAGGCGCGGGAGGAAACGGGGGAGAUGCGAUCAGGCAGCCCGGUUCCGAGGAGCGCGCAACUCAGCAAACCUCAGACGGCAUCCAAGGUCUCCAAGCGGUGGGCCAAGAAGCUGACCCAGUUGGGCGGGCGAGCCGAUGCGCUGCAGCAGGUGCAGCGGCUGCUGUUGGCCCAAUCGCACGGCUCUGGCAGUCCCAUCUUCGGCAAGGCCCUCCGCGACAUCAUCCACGACCUCGAAAUCGCCCAAAAGAACGAAGACACCGAAUGUAUCGUUACGAUCUUUGCGAUGAUGAUCGUGCUGCAAGAGGCCUACCAGAAGCAGAAGGACUCGGAGCUCGAGCUGGCCAACCGGAAGCGGGCCGAGAGCGACAGGGAGCUGGCCGAGGAGCGGAGCAAGAACCAGAGCCUGGCCAAGCAGGAGCGGGACCUGCUCAAGCUGCUCCAGCAGACGCAGGAGAAGGUGGUCGAGAAGAGCAAGUCCUCCUCGCGCGCCGAGAACAACAAGCAGAACUACAAGCAGAAGCUCGACGAGGAGGAGGAACGACGGCAGGUCCUGGAAAAGGAGCUCAAGAAGCAGAAGCAGAAGGCCAAGGACUCCGAGAAGGAGAUCGCUCGGCUGGAGAGCGAGCUGGCCAAGGCCAAGGGGAAGGAGCCCAAGCGGAAGGGCAGCGCGCGGGCAGCGCAGAGGCUCUCGCGGGCAGUACCUGCAGGACUUUCGCUAAACGAUUGGGACCUGGGCGACGACUCGAAUCCCGCUGACUGA